CAGAUGAUUGUUUUUCUAUCACGUCGACGCACGGAUAGUAAGCUAAAGUAUAAUGCUAAAAUAAACUAUUUCAAAGAACAACGCCGCGAUAUCCUCAACACGCAACGCGUCGAAAAGCCUUCAUUUGGACACAGGAUUCCAAGUUGAACUGUUACCCGCAUGGACGCGGUGCAGCCGUCACUGUGUGGACGCGCGAAUUGGAUAACGUAAGCUAAGUAGCAUUAGCUUCGUCGCAAGGCCUGAGCGGGAGGAGAGCAGCUUCCUGUUGGGGAUGUUACACUUAAACACGCAACAGGCUACGGUUAUUAAAGUAGCUUAAGCAUUCGUGAUCUAGACUUACUCGUUGGUUUGCAAUUUACGCUCCCGGGCGACCACCCUGUUAGCAGUUUUACUUGUCAGCUAGCAUGAGUGAAGUGACAGACUGCAAACAUUCCACUGACUCCGCAUCGAGGAAGCGCUGUCAAUCAUCCGACAACGAUGAAGUCGACUCUGUUCCCAACAAGUCCACAAAAGUCGCUGACACUUCAAAUGAAAAACCAUCGGAAAGUUGGAGAAACAGUGAAGCAGAGGGAGCAGAAGCAUGUGCACGAGAGGAAAGCGGAGCAGAUGUUGGGGAGAAGGUCGCUACAGAGAACACAACAUCCGCCAACAACUCCAAAACUGAUGCUGAAGCGCCUUCCCACAGCGGGAGACCGCCUCAUGAACUGACACCCGGCGAUGCCGAGCAGACCCCAGAACCAGAGCGAUCAUCAACCCCAUCCCUCCACCAGUCUGACUCCGCAGCUAUCGCUGCAGCCGAAGCACUCGCCAGCCUCACCGGAGGAGACGGGAAAGCUGGCACUUCUGGCAAACCCAAACACCAAAACCAGAGUGGUAAACUCAAGCAGCGGUCAAAAGGAGGCUUAAAAACACAAGCAGCUGUGGCAGAUAGCUCCACAUCUUUACACAGCAGUGAUCGAGAAGAAGAGGACGAGGCUCCUGAUGAAGGCGACGACUCUUUAUGCGGAUCUUCCUCCACACCGAGCUCAUCUUUCCCGUCUGAUAAUGAAGAGAACGAUGAUGGCGAGUGUGCUAUUGUCUCUGUGAAGAUGGCGCCGGAAAUGAGGCAGUCAGUGGCUCUCCUGGCUCAGGUGCAGACCAAGCUUGAUGCUCUUGAGAAGAAAAGUGCACGACUGCACCAGCGGUUGGACUUGAAGAUUGGGCGCCUGAGACAACCACAUUUGGAUCAGCGCAGCAAUAUCACCAAAACAAUCCCAGGCUUCUGGGUGACAGCUCUGUUGAACCACCCCCAUCUAUCUGCUCACAUCGAUGAAACUGAUGAGGAUGCUCUCAGCUACAUGACAGAUCUGGAGGUUGAGUCAGUCAAGAACAACAAGCUGGGUUUUCGGAUUCGCUUCCACUUCAGAAGGAACCCUUACUUCCAGAACAACAUCAUCAUGAAGGAGCUGCACCUCGGGGUGGGAGGUCAGGCCAUGUCCUUCUCCAACCCCAUCUUAUGGCAUCGUGGCCACAAUCUAACAGCCCACAGUGAACCCAGGAAGUUGUCUCGCGGAGUCUACGAGACCUUUUUCAGCUGGUUUGGUGACCAUAGCAACCCCGGGCAAGAUGACGUGGCACAGAUCCUGAAGGAUGAUCUCCACAGAGACCCUCUGCGAUACUACCUCACUCCACUGUGGGAACCCAGGGAGAACGGCAGUGCCGCUGGUGGAGCCAGAACAGCAAACAACGGCAGUGGAGACGACUGCGUGGUGAUAUCAGACUCUGAUGAAGAGGAUCCUGGCGAGGAAGAGCAGAAGGCCGAUGGAGGUCAGGACGACGACGACGAUGAGGAGGAUGAGGAAGACCGAGAACGAAGUGCAGAUGAAAGUCAAGAAGAAGAUGGAAUGGAGGAGGCUGAGGAGGACGGGGAGGAUGGUGGCGAGAUAGUGAUUGAUGGCUCUGACGACAGCGACCAAGAUGAGAAGCAUCAGUCGGAGGAAGAGGAGAGGGAAGAGGAGGAUGUGGACACUGAGAACUAGCAGAAGGCAAAUCGUCGAGGGACCUGAGUUCAGGACGCUCACGCUGAGGUUGAGGUUAAUAAUAAACAAGAGCAAACACUCAACCUUCUUCCUGCUGAUCAUAAAUAAUAUGCACAGAAAUUCACUGUUGUUUUACUCCUUUAAUAGGUUUUAAAUCAGGGUAAAACUUAAGAUAAAGCCACGGCGACACAUUGCGACUCUGUUUUAUACAGCUCUGUCUCUCUUUUCUGUUCUGACUUUGUAGAACUGCUCACCACAAUGAGGCUGUUUGAGAACCGUGUUGGUGUGAAAGGCCUCAAUGUACAAUGUGAGGAGAAACAUCCUUAAAUUGACAGCGAUACCUUUUGAAGAAAUCCUUUGUUCUGAAUCUAAAAAUAUAAGAUGAUUAGAUAUAAUGAGAGUACACUGAAUAAGUACUGAACCAAAACUUGUUCUCAGGGAAAAUCGUGGUUGUAGAUGUUUUCUUUGAAUCAAAACCAACUCCACUCUGGUUCCUGUGCGCUGUGAAUACGCCAGCUUGUACUCUACUGUAGUAAAUAGCAAGAAGUAUUCUUUUAAUAAGCUAAUCAUGUGUUCUUCCCUUUACUUCGUGUCAUACACACCCUCAAUUACACUCUCCUGGUAUUCAUGUAGUUACACUUUAAUUUAUUGUUUAUUCUUUGCGCUGUUUUUUUACUCAUUCGGUUUAUGGCAUGAUGUCUGGAGUAGUAACCAGUGGACUCCUUUUAAUGUAAAUAAUCUUCCAGACGGAACUCAAGUGAAGAACCUGGGAAUUGUUUUCGAUCAACAGAGUUAGAAGGUUUUGUUUGUGCAUUUUAACCUGAGGCUGUAUUUCAUUUGUUUGUUGGCUUUAAAUGUCCUUCAAUUCCCCUGGUAAUAAAGUAGAGUGGUAUUUUA